AUGGGUUUAAUCCUCAGACGAAGAAAUGUCGUACCCACACGAAGAUUUUUAAGUCGGGGAUGUCUAAUGAGGGUGGCUGAAGAUACUUCUCACAUAACUGUAGUCAUUCCCAUAGACUGUAACGAUCUUCAAUCAGAUGGAUACUUUAAUUCAGGGGUGUACGAAAUCUACCCCUAUGUUACCAUUACCAGUCCUGUCCCGGCAUACUGCGAUAUGACUACAAUGGGCGGGGGAUGGACGGCAAUCCAAAAGCGAAUUAAUGGAUCCCUGGACUUUGACAGGACCUGGACGGAAUACAAAAAUGGUUUCGGCGCCUCAGAACAGGAUGUCUGGGUUGGAAAUGACGUUAUCCAUCAAUUAACCAAAGAAGGUACCUCAUCCCUGUAUGUGACCAUAACUCUACAGAAUAGUACAACGCUGUAUGAAAUGUACGACGGAUUCUCUGUCUCCGACGAAGCAGGAAAAUAUCAACUCUUUCUUGCAGGACCUGCCACGGGAACCUUGGGAGACAGUAUGUUUGACACGGGUUCUUCUAACUUUGACCUGUCUGGGAUGUCAUUCUCCACCCAAGACAGAGACAAUGACAGGCGGAGCAGUGCUAACUGUGCUGCUCACAGUGACAUUAGAGGAGGCUGGUGGUUUAACCGCUGUCACCACGCCUUCCUCAACGGUCAAUUGUCCCCGGGGUCUUGGAUGUAUCCAUGA